AUGGCAGCCGUCAAAGCGAUUUUGUCGAUGAGAAGGUGGACCUUCACCGAGUUCGGCUCCGAGCAGCUCAUCACUUUUGUGGCCAUGGCCACUCCCGACGACCUCAACGCCAACGCGGAGUUUAUCCGCCUGGCCGACUCCUUCGUGGAGGUGCCGUCUGGGAAGAACGUCAACAACUAUGCCAACGUUGACCUGAUUUGCAGGAUUGCCCAGGAGCAGCAGGUGGAUGCCGUCUGGCCCGGCUGGGGCCACGCCAGCGAGAACCCGAAGCUCCCUGCCAAGCUCAAGGAGAUCGGCAUCACCUUCAUCGGCCCACCUUCGGGCGUGAUGGCAGCCCUGGGAGACAAGAUCGCGGCCAACAUCCUGGCGCAGACGGCGAAGGUUCCAAGCAUCCCAUGGAGCGGCGAUGGCCUCACGUGCACGCUCACCGACGAGGGGACCGUCCCUGACGAGGUCUUUAACAAGGCCAUGGUCCGCACCGAAGAGGAGGCCCUUGAGAGGGCGGAGAAGGUGGGCUUCCCGAUCAUGGUGAAAGCCUCGGAGGGUGGGGGCGGCAAAGGCAUCCGCAAGGCCACGAACAUGGAGGAGCUGAAGGUGGCCUUCACCAACGUCCAGACGGAGGUGCCCGGCUCCCCGAUCUUCUUGAUGCGGAUGGUCUCGAAGGCCCGGCACCUGGAGAUCCAGAUCCUGGGCGAUGAGUACGGCAACACCCUCGCGUUGAACGGCCGCGACUGCUCCACCCAGCGGCGAUUCCAGAAGAUCUUCGAGGAGGGCCCUCCCACCAUCGCCAAGCCCGACGUCUUCCACGAGAUGGAGCGGGCGGCCAUGCGGCUCACCGCGCUGGUGCAGUACCGGGGCGCCGGGACCGUGGAGUACCUCUACAGCCCGGAGACGCACACCUUCUGCUUCCUGGAGCUGAACCCUCGCCUGCAGGUGGAGCAUCCGGUGACCGAGGCCAUCACGGGGGUGAACAUGCCCGCGACGCAGCUUCAGAUUGCCAUGGGCAUCCCGCUCUACAACGUCCCGGACAUCCGGCGCUUCUACGGCAUGGACCCGGCCGUCUGCUCGAAGAUCGACUUCUUCGCCGUGGACUACCCCCCGAUCACCUCCCACUGCUGCGCCUCGCGCAUCACGGCCGAGAACCCGGACGAGGGCUUCAAGCCCACCAGCGGCAAGAUCAACAGCGUGCGCUUCCAGUCCGCGGGCGACUGCUGGGGUUACUUCAGCGUCGGCCUGAAGGGUGGCAUCCACGAGUUUGCGGACUCCCAGUUUGGGCACAUCUUCGCCAAAGGGCCCAACCGAGAGGCUGCGAGAAAGAGCCUGCGCUUCGCACUCAUGAACCUGGACAUUUCGGGAGACAUCCGCCAUCCCGUCGACUACCUGGUCGACCUGAUCGAGACGCAGGCCUACAAGGAGAACACCAUCGACACCAUGUGGCUGGAUGGCCUGAUUGCUAGCAAGGCCAUCGCCCCAAGCACCGGCGCCAUGGACGUGGUCUUCUACGCAGCGGUCUUCCGCGCCUUCAGCAUGGUGAAGUCCCGGACCCAGGAGGCUGUGGAGGCCAUGCAGAAGGGCCAGCUGGUGCUGCUGGGAAAAAGCGACACCGACGCCUUGGUCAACUUUCCCGUGGAGAUCACCUUCGACGGCAAGAAGUUCUCCUUCCAAGUCUCCCGGAAGCGCAGCGACCUCUACGCCUUCACCAUCAACAACAAGACCCUCAAGGCCAAGGUCCGCGAGCAGCCGGACGGCUCCCUCUACGUGAGCAUCGGCAGCAUCAGCCAGCAAGUGAAAGGACAGGAGGAGGCCCUGGGCCUGCGCCUCAUCAUCGGCGGGCAGACGAUCAUGGUCCCCACCGUCUACGACCCCUCGGAGCUCCGCUCCGACGUCAACGGCAAGGUGGUGCGCUACUUGCACGACGAGGGCGCCGAGGUCGCCAAGGGCGAGGCCUACAUCGAGCUGGAGGCGAUGAAGAUGAUCAUGUCCUUGAAGUCCGGGGAGGCCGGGAAGAUCACCCACGCCCUCAGCCCGGGCAGCAUCGUCUCCGCCGGCGAGGUCUUGGCCAAGCUGGAGCUGAAGGACCCCUCCAAGGUGAAGAAGAUCGCCCCCUUCGAGGGUGUCUUCGAGAUGAGCGCCAAGCCCGAGGCAGACGUGCCCGCCCCCAGGGAAGACCUCCUGGCCUUCCUGGACGGCUUCCAUGCGGACCAGAAGGGGCCUCAGCUGGUCGAGCAGCUCUUUGCCAGCUUCGCCAACCGCGAUGCGGCCGCGGAGACGGUGCGCGGCGUCCUGGAGAAGUACCUCUCCAACGAGCGGCCGUUUGCGGCGUCCAUCGAUCAGAAGCAGCCCUACGACAAGCUCCUGCUGGACUUGAUCAACCAGGGCAAGGACUCCUUGGAGAAGGUCCUCUUCAUGGUGCUGGCCCACAACAAGCUGGCCGACCGCAGCGACGCCGUGAUGGCGGCGAUCCGCGAGAUGCUGGCGGCCGAGGGCUCCGGCAUGUCUUGCAUGUAUGUCCCGGACAUGCGCCUGGAGGACGACAUGGCGGGCGCCGUGCAGGAGAAGAUCGUGGAGCUCUCGCAGCUGCCAAGCUCCGCUGCAGUGGCCGGGGACUACGGCAACGUCCGGUACUUGGCGCAGCAGCUCCUGGACACCGUGCCCCAGGAGUCCUAUGAGGAGCGCACCAAGCACUUCCGUGAGCAGCUGGCGGGCCUGAAGGAGGAGGCCAUCAAGGGCCCUCCCCAAAAAAAGGAGCUCCCCGGUGCGGCGCCCGACGGCGGCCUUGAGAUGGAGCUCCUGGUGGAGGCGCUGAGCGAUGCCGAUGCCAAGAUCCAGGAGAGGGCCAUGCACGCGUACCUUGCCUGGUUGGCUGCCCCGAGCCGCCUCACCAAGGUGGAGGUUGUGGAGAAGGCCGCGACCAAGACAGCCGUCUGGACCCAGUUCUUCCCGGUGAGCUCAGAGCAGGAGCACCACCGACACGGCCUCCUCGCGGUCGCCGCAGAUCUUGAGGCUUUGAACCUGGAUGAGAAGCUGUUGGCUCCGCUGAUCCAAAGGAGCGGCGCUCCCGGCGUCCCCAUCAACCUCCUGCACCUCGUCGUGGGCCGCGACGCCUUCCCAGGCGUGCUGAAGCGAUGCCAGGGCCUCUUCACCAGGCAGAGCGAGCUCCUGAAGAAGGCCGGCGUGGGAGAGAUUUGCGUGGCGCUGCCCCAGCCUCCACGCCACCCGCGCUUCGUGAAGUUCAGCCUCGACCCCACCACUGAGGAGUGGUCGGAGAACGAGAUGGGCCGCGACCUCUGGCCUUCCUUCACAGGCCUGCUCGAGCUGAAGAUGCUCCAGCGCCUCUACACCCUGCAGCGCAUCCACAAGGAGGUGCGCCCCACCUCCCACAUCUACCUCGCCACGCCGCUGAUGAGUGGCAAGGCUGCCACGUCGGAGCUCCUGAUGCGGGCGCUCUACCUGUCCGGGGUGAACAAGGAGUCCUUCGGCCAGAGCCUCACGGACAGCCUGGACCUCGCACUGGAGGAGGUGGAGCAUGCCAUGCUGGACCCGCGUGUUGCCAAGCUCGGCCACUCGGUGACCAGCCGAAUCUUCGUGCACUUCGUCGGGGAGCUGGACAUGGACCUGAACGAGUUGGAGCAGCGCUUCACCGACACGAUCAGCAGCCACGUCGGCCAUCGAGGUUCUGAGGUCAUCAAGCUCUGCAUCGACGAGAUCGAGGUGAAGGUGCACCGGCGCGUCGGGGGAGCUUUCGAGACCCUGCGCCUCUCCCUGUCCUCCCUGAACGGCGGCUUCCUGAAGCCCAAGAUGCUGCGGGAGUUCCCCGACCCCGUCACCGGCUUCCCACUCCGCUGGGAGGCCGCCAAGGAGGGCGCCGCCCCCUUGAAGUCCCUGGACCACCCGCACGUCACAGACCAGGCGGCCCUGAGUCGCUACCAGGCCAAGCGUGUGGCCGCUCGCCGUGCGGGCUCCACCUACGCCUACGACCUCCCGGGAAUACUCCAGCUGGCUCUGACCAUGAAGUGGAUCGCCUUCACGGGCAACCCCAGCACCGGCAGCAAGGAAGCACGCGGCGAGAGCCGGGGCGCCCGCAGGCGCAGCCCCUCGCCACGCCGGGGCGUGGUCUCCGCGCCUUCCCAGGUGCCGGAGAGCAUGCCGAAGGAGCUGCUGAACGCCGUGGAGCUGGUCAUGGACUGGUCCAAGAUGGAGCUGGUGGAGACGGAGCGGCCGGAGGGCUCCAACGACGUGGGCAUGCUGGCCUGGAAGCUGACCAUGAAGACACCGGAGUACCCCGAGGGCCGCGUUGUCGUCCUCAUCGCCAACGACGUCACCUACCAGGCAGGAUCGUUCGGCGUGCGCGAGGACCAGUUCUUCCAGAAGGCCUCCGAGCUUGCGAGGAAGCAGGGCCUGCCCCGGGUCUACGUGUCCUGCAACAGCGGUGCACGAGUGGGUCUGGUGGAGGAGCUGAAGCCCUUGUACAAGAUCCAGUGGUGGGACGAGAAGGAUUGCGGCAAGGGCUUCGAGUACCUCUACCUGACCAAGGAGGACUACGAGAGUCUCCCUGCUGGCACCGUGGAGGCGCGAAAGGUCUCCCACGACGGACAGGAUCGCUACAUCUUGGACGCCAUCAUCGGCGAGGGCCUGAAGAGCACGGAGGGCGGCAUCGGCGUUGAGAACCUCAAGGGCAGCGGCCUGAUCGCCGGCGAGACAAGCCGGGCAUACCAGGAGACCUUCACCCUUUCCUACAUCACCGGCCGCUCCGUCGGCAUCGGCGCGUACUUGAACCGCCUGGGACAGCGGAACAUUCAGAUGGUCAGCAGCCCGAUGAUCCUCACGGGCUACUCUGCAUUGAACAAGCUCCUGGGCAAGAACGUCUACUCCUCCCAGGAUCAGCUGGGUGGCCCGCAGAUCAUGGUGCCCAACGGCGUCACCCACCAGGUGGUCAGGGAUGACCAGGAGGGCAUGUCCGCCAUCUUGGACUGGCUGUCUUACGUGCCCAAGGACGUGUCCUGCCUGCCGCCUGUCUGCCAGCCGGCUGGCGCAGACCCCUGGGACCGCGAUGUGGAGUUCGAGCCCACACUGCUUCCGUACGACCCACGUGACUUCCUCCGUGGCGUCAUCGACCACGAGGGAAACCGAAAGCGCGGCUUCUUCGAUGCUGGCUCCUGGACCGAGUACCUGGAGGGCUGGGGAAGGACCGUCAUCGUCGGCCGUGCUCGGCUUGGGGGGAUGCCCAUGGGCGUGAUUGCCGUGGAGACCCGGAGUGUGGAGCGGCUGGUGCCGGCCGACCCUUCCAAUCCGGACAGCUGCGAGGUCAAGGAGAUGAACGGCGGCAAGGUCUGGUUCCCUGACAGCGCCUUCAAGACGGCCCAGGCAUUGAAGGACUUCAACCGCGGCGAGAACCUCCCGGCGAUCAUCUUCGCCAACUGGCGAGGCUUCUCCGGCGGCACCCGCGACAUGUACAACGAGAUCUUGAAGUUCGGGGCCAUGAUCGUGGAUGCCCUGGUGGACUAUGAGCACCCCAUCUUCAUCUACAUCCCAAAGCACGGAGAGCUCCGCGGCGGAGCCUGGGUGGUCAUCGACCCCGCCAUCAACCCGGACAAGAUGGAGAUGUACGCGGACGUGGACGCCCGGGGCGGAAUCCUGGAGCCGCCGGGCAUCGUGGAGGUGAAGUACCGGGCCCCGCAGCAGCUGGAGGCGAUGCACCGCAUCGAUGCCCGGCUCAAGGAGCUGGAUGCCAAGCUGCCGGGGAGUGAGGGUGCGGCCAAGGCCGAGGUGGAGAAGGACAUCAAGGUGCGCGAGAAGCAGCUGCUUCCGCUCUACACCUCCGUCGCAACGACCUUCGCCGACCUGCACGACCGCGCGGGCCGAAUGAAGGCCAAGAACGUCAUCCGCGACAGCAUCUCGUGGAAGGACUCCAGGCGCUACUUCUUCUGGCGCGUCAAGAGGAGGGUGAUGCAGGACCACAUGAUCAGGCGCCUGCAGAAGGCGGACGAGAGCCUGACCCACAAGGGCGCCGAGGCUCUUAUCCAGAAGUGGGCCGCCGAAAGCGGCGUGGACCACAGCAGCGACACGAAGAUGGUGAGCUGGCUGGAGGCCCAGAACGUGGAGGCGAGGGCGGAGGCCCUUCGGACCUCCUACCUGAAGUCUCAGAUCCAGGCGCUCUUCAGCCAGCUCCCGUCGGGCGAGCAGGGAAGCCUCCUUUCGAGCCUCAAGGCUUAG